AAAGGUCAUAAUGCUUAUUAUAGGGUCAUGGCACUUUAGAUGCAUCAGAAUCAAAGCGUUUUCCACUACUUAUGUUUGUCAUAGCAACCUUGUUAUUGUUGGCCUGUGUGGGAAGAUCUUCAAUGGAAGCCGCCACUUACUUUCAGAAUGACACAGGAGACCAAUAGCCAUUACUGAGGUGUGUUGACCCCAAAUAAAGCCUUUCAGAUAAAUGAUUGCUUGAAUCCAAAUUGAAAAGAUAGUGUUUGUGAAAGUGAGAAGACACAAGUGAGGGAGGAGGGGCCAGUAAUGUGAGGUUUUACUCAGCAUUCAGUACACUUACUCUCAGCACACAGUGACCGAGUGAGGAAGGAGGAGAACACUCUUGUCUUUCUUGGUAUCUCACCGUGCUUGUGCGAGGGAAAGACAGUUUCUCUGGGCUUUGGUUUGGACAAGCCAUAGUAAAGGAGUGUGGAAGUUGUUUAUGAGGAUUUAUUGAGAAUGCCAGUGUGAACAUCUGCAGGAAAUACUAAGCUGGAGCUACAAUGUCAUCCCAUGUCAAACUGUGGAGGGACAGAGUGGGGACGGCAGACUAUGAUACACAGUUUAAAGAGGUGCGUUUGCAGCUGGCCGACCAGUUGAGGAUAUUUGACGGUCAGGUGGAGCAGAAGACUCAGGUGUUCCAAGAUCUGAUCGAUUAUUUGCGCAGACGAGGCGAGAUCGAGGGGGAGUACGCCCGCUCACUGGACAAACUGUGUGACAGGUUCUCCUCCAGAACCAGGAAGAAGGAGCCCAGCCAUCAGUCAGUGGUUAACUGCUGGCAGGUGUUGUUGACACAAACACGGCAGGAGAGCAGAGAUCACAGUUUCUUGAGUGACAGCUACAGUAACACUCUGCCUCAGCAGCUUUCACACUGUGCUGAACAUGCCCAACGCCUGGCCAAGCGGAGCAGAGACAUUUGCACCCAGCUACAGGAUGGACUUCUGAAGGUCACCACAGAACUUCAUACGACCUUGAAGACAUAUUACCAGUACUACACUGAGUUCCUGUCUGCAGAAGGCAAACUAAAGGAGGCAGUCAGACUGGAGGAAAAGCAAAAGCAAAGUGCUUCUAAAAAGAUGGAAAGACAAAUAGAGAAAAGGCAAUGUAAGGUUCAGGAGAUUCAGCUAAAGUGCACAAAAGCACGCAAUGACUACCUGCUCAACUUGGCUGCAGCAAAUGCGUGCAUGAACAAAUACUACCUUCAGGAUCUCUCCACUCUCAUAGAUUGCUGUGAUCUGGGUUACCACCAGUCCAUAUCCAAGGUGUUUCAUUUUUACCUGGCCAGUCGCCAGUGGGCCCAGCAGAACUUGAGCACUGGGAUGCAGCAGCUGGACACAACUGUGUCAGAACUGAACCAGAACCAGGACAGAGACACGCUCAUGCAGGCCAACAUCUCAACCUUUUGCCUGCCCCUCCGCUUUCAGUAUCAACCCUAUGAAGGCGACCAGGUGGUUGAGGUGUCAGCAAAGUGUGAGAUGUUGGGCGAGCUGGUGACUCGCUUCCAUCAGCUGCAGUCCAGGCUGUCUUCAGUCACCAUGGAGGUUGAGGAGUCUGGCAAAUUACUUCAGUCAGCUCUGUCUUCCAUGCUGGAUGGUAUUGUCGAGGACACAUUUGGAUCCUCCCCAGACUUUCCCAGCAGCCCAUCAUCACCAGAGGGUGAUGUAUCAGUCAGUAAGACGUAUCAGCUGAAGCGUAGAGCCAGCCUUCCGGACACUGAGAGUUUGUACUUCUCGAAAGUCCGGGACCAUCUAUGUAACAGCUCUUUAAUAUCAAAACUGGAGGCCAAACAUGACCUGCUAAAGGUUGCCAUUCAGAAAGCUGAAAGUGUUGAUAGUAACCAUUCCAGAACACGCUCCAAAAGAUCGGUGCGCCAUAAAAAGAGUUACCCUGGUACCCAGAUCAGCCAGAAGCUUUUCAAUGGGGAUCUACUAUCAUACAUCCAAGCAUCAGGACAGCUCAUUCCUGCCGUGGUGGAGAGCUGCAUUCGGUUCAUCAACCUCAAUGGUUUACAUCAUGAGGGAUUGUUCAGAGUGCCGGGAUCUCAAAUGGUUGUGAAUCAGCUUAAGGAUGCAUUUGAGAAUGGCGAUGACCCGCUCGCUGAUGGGGGCUGUGACAUGGACUCUGUGGCUGGAGUGCUGAAACUUUAUUUUAGAGGACUAAUGAAACCGCUCUUUCUUGAGGACAGUUAUGAGCAGCUGAUGGAAUGUGGACAAAUUGAUGACGAGACAAAAAAAUGUACGCAGCUGAAGUGCAUCAUCUCCUCAUAUCCUGCCUCGCUCAUCAUUGUCAUGAGAUAUCUUUUUGCAUUCCUUCACCAUGUCUCCCAGUACAGUGAUGAGAACAUGAUGCAGCCCUAUAACCUGGCAGUGUGUUUUGGUCCCAGUCUGGUGAGGGGGCCAGACAACAGCGAUGCAGCAGAGCUUCAGCGCAUCAACUCGCUGGUCAAGAGCAUCAUUAUCCAACACGAGAGCAUCUUCCCUAGCCAGAAUGAAUUGCCUGGGCCAGUGUAUGAAAAGUGCAUGGCAUUGGAAGAAGACGACUGUGAGGCUGUAGCAGAGGAAGGAGAUGGAGAAUCAGAGCAAUCUCAAAUGAAAGAAGCAAAAGACGAGCUGCAGGGAGUGGCCUUGUUCGACUACAAAGGCCGUUCUUCUGCUGAGCUGUCCUUUAAACAUGGAGACUGUCUCAUCCUUCACAGCAAAGCCUCCUCUGAUUGGUGGAGAGGGGAGCUGAAUGGAACAAAGGGUCUCAUCCCGAAUAAAUAUAUCAGUGUGCCUAGCAUGGAUGGAGGCCAAGAUCAGAAAGGGAAGCAAACUCUGAAAUCCAGCUGUGGCAGACAGCAGACAGAAGAAGAGCAGAAAGCAGAGCAAAGUACACGGCUCAAGGUCACAAGUGACAAAGCCGGAGUCGGGACGAGUCAUGUCACAUCUGGAAAGGUUUCGUUACAAAUACCCACAGGACCAUAUGCACAGCCCGGAAAUUCUCCUGGCGCUCUGCGGAAAACAUUAGACCCUCAAAUGAGACGAUCCACUGCCGAUGGAGGAAGCAGAGAGGAACUCUCAACAGCAGUGGAUAAGGAAGUGCAUAACAUGAUGCACUCAGUGUUUAAGGAGCUCCUCAUUCGUCAGUCUUCCCCAGAUCAAAACACAUCUACAUCCUCAGAGAUCACCUCCUCUGUGCAAACGCCUCCAAAUAGAGGACCAGGAUGGAAAGGAAAGGGUUUAUUUAGAUCAGCUGACAAUGCGGACUGAAAAAAAAA